AUGUCGGCCAUGAAGCCUGACGUGCCCCUCGAGUCCAUGGACCAGAUCGGGUCAACCCCCGGCUCGGCCACGCGAGAGCGCCACUCCCUCACCCUCGACCAGCGACGCGCCCUCCGCCGAUGGGCCAACUCGCAGCCUGUCCGCCCCAGCCAUAAGGCCUGCAUUGACUGGUUUGCCAGCCAGUACCAGCAAACCAUCUCUCAGUCUACCGUCUCACACUCCCUCUCCCCCAAGUAUGCCCGUCUCGACGGCGACCCCCAGCUCUCGGGUUCCCGUCUGCGCUUUGGCAACUGGCCCGACGUCGAGAAACUUGUUCUCCUCUGGCACCAGCAAAUGCUCGCCAAUGGCCGCCAGCCCUCCAAUGAAGAGCUCGCCGACAAAGCCAAGACAAUCUACCACCAGCUCCCCCGAUACAAGGACGAACCCGCGCCCGAGUUCUCCCCCGGAUGGAUCCACCGCUUCAAGAAACGUUACGGCCUCCUAGUUAGACGCCAGCGUCGCCCAACUAGCAGCGAAGGCGGCAAUCCAGCCCCCGGGACCACAACUCUCCAAAACCUCGGCGACGACAUCCCCUACCUCGCCGAGAACCUUCCUCGUUACCUCAACGUGAACGCCGACCUUCCCCCAGUGACGGUUAUGGAAUACCUCCAACGUUUCCUCGGCGUAAUGACCACUCUGGAAGUAUGCGAGCGCGUCAAAGAGGAGGUCCUCCGCCGUCAACACAACCCUUCCCCCGACGGCGGGCCGGGAACACCAAACAACAAUCCCAUGGGUGGCAAUGCAGAAAACACGGGAAUUUUCCACUCAGAAGAAGACCCAGAAGUCGUGCUUCAGAAUGCACUCCGUGUCUAUCAGCAACAGGAGGAGAACAACGUCAGCGGCGCCGCCAACCUCGCCGGAGUCACCCCUGACCAUCAACAACCCCAAAGCGGCGGCGAUCGCACCGUUGACAACGGCUUACCUGCCCUAGGCGCGAUAGCCAACCAAGCCUACGCCCAGCACGCCAUGAACGCAGCUGGCCUGACGACCCCCAACCCGGGAACUCGCAACGCGAGCGUCGGACCGAGGGCACAACCGCAACAGGCUCCUCCGGCGCAACCGCAGUUUGCGCCGAAUACACCGCAGCAAGUCCAACCGCAGCAAGUCCAACCGCAGCAGCAGACACCGCAACAACCUCAGACUGCUAAUGGCGGUGGGAACGCUGGUGGUGGUGCACAGCAAGGGGAAGAACUGACGCUCACACCGAUCCCUAGCGGGGCGCCGGUGUCGGUGGUGGAGAACCCUGUCAGGUGUCCGUUUUGUCUGAACAAGAGGAUGCUGAGGACGAUCAAGGAGGCGGUGGAGCAUAUGAGCAGUCAUGUUGUUGUUUGA